CAUUUUGAUUCAUAUCGCGCUCACAAGUUGAGUAGUACAUUGAAGAUAAAUGAAAUUGAGUGAGCGCCCUGCCUCUCUGUGUACACUUGGUUCCAUGUAGUAGUUGAAAUUGAGUUGUAUGUUGUAUUGUAUUUGAGCGCAGUGUUGACUGAGAAUAUGCCAGUGAAUAUGAUACUUUCACAUAUGUCGAAGAGUUUGUUUGAAGACAUCGGACAGAUAGCACAUAUUCAAGCAUCCGUAGUGUGUCUCGCGAGACUCUAAUAUUUUGGGUUUCGUUUUUAGGUAACAAAAACGACAAAUUGUGAUAAUUUGAUUGUCGGUGACACGACUGCAACGAAUAAAAAGAAAGGAAGAAAAAAAACGAAUGAACGAACCCGGCCCUCGAAGCAAGUAUUGAGACACGACCGUAGGGGAAAAUGAUAAUAAUAACGCACGGUUCGACUAGUUUUUGAACGAAGAACCAGGGAGACAAGAAGAAAAAUAAAAUAAAGUUAUGGCCUAAUAAAUUUUGUUUACGUUGGAACGAAAGUAGAACUAAGAAUACCAAAAUGCAGAAGCCAACACAAAAUGAAUAUUGUCGCUUUCCAAAAUUGGAGGAAUGCGCACAUUUCCACUACGAACGUGUUCAACUGGGCAAAAUCACGGUAAAAUUAAUCGAAGACAAAUUCGAUCCGCACAAUAGCAAUUUGAUACAAACCGAUGCCAAUACAUCGGGUUCAUCGACCACAUCACAGCAAUUGUGGUUCAUUAUUCGGGUGACGGCCGAAAAAUCCGAACCAUUCUUAAUACGGCGCUCAUUUGAGAAUAUGAAAAUGUUGGACGAAAUGCUGCAUCGAUGUGUGUACGAUCGUAAAAUUAGCAAUUUAGCGGAUUUAAGCGAUUUAGAGCUGGACGCAGAUGAUAUACAAAUGGAUAGCGUGGUAGCCGAAUAUUUGGAGCGAUUUUCAGCGAUCGUUUCGGAUUCGCUGACAUGUGGCCAGAUUUUGAGCUGGUUUCAACUCGACAAUAAAGGUCAACGUCUUCCUUUGGCCGAUUCAGAUACGAUGAAAAGCAUCAACACUCCUGCGGUCGGCGCAGCCUAUGGAAUUCGCAAGUAUAAUGCACAGGCAUGCGAUGAAAUUUCGAUUGAAGUCGGCGAUAUGAUAUCAGUGAUCGAUAUGCCGAGCCCAGCGGAGAGUGUAUGGUGGCGCGGUAAAAAGAGUCACUUGCAGAAGAGCCAAUACGAGGUUGGAUUUUUCCCGCAAAGCUGUGUGGCGACAAUCGGAGACAAAAUUCCGCGCCACUUGGUGCUGCCGGCUCCGUUGGUCGGCUCAUUGGACGUUUCACCAACGAAACCUGUUCUACGCAAACAUGGCAAAUUGAUUGCAUUUUUCCGUAGCUUUAUUCUGUCACGGCCAUCGAGACGAUGCCUCAAACAGAGCGGCAUUUACAAGGAGCGUGUUUUUUCGUGCGAUUUAAGUGAACAUUUAUUGAACAGUGGACAAGAGAUACCGAUGGUACUCAAAGCUUGUUCACAAUAUAUCGAGGAAUUCGGUAUCGUCGACGGCAUCUACCGAUUGUCGGGCAUUACGUCAAAUAUUCAAAAACUUCGUAGCGGUUUCGAUGAAGAACGCGUGCCCGACUUGGUCAAUCCAGAAGUACGUCAAGACAUACACGCAAUGAGCUCGUUAGUUAAAAUGUACUUCCGAGAACUGCCAAAUCCAUUGUGCACAUAUCAAUUGUACGAACAGUUUGUCGAAGCCAUUCAAAAUCGCGGCGAACCCGAAGAACGGCUUAAGGCGAUGAAAGAAACGGUACAAAAACUACCUCCACCACAUUACAGAACGUUGAAAUACUUGAUGACGCAUUUGAAUAAAAUCGCACAACACUCGGCACGAACGGGAAUGACCGAUCGAAAUUUGGCAAUUGUUUGGGCACCAAAUCUACUGCGAAGCCCAUCAUUGGAGGCUGGCGGUGUGGCUGCAUUGAGAGGUGUCGGUGUUCAAGCUGUUGUCACUGAAUAUCUCAUUACAAAUUGUCACAAAAUAUUCGAUGAAAAUUUUGAGAGUACCCUCGAUACAAGCAUGUGUGAAGCGAUUGAAGAAGCCGAGGAGGCACAAGCUGAUUCCCUACAGGAUUUAACGGUGCCAAUUUGUAUCGAGCGACCAAAGAGCCUUGGCGUUAGUGGCGGUGCACGUUUGAUUAGCCUUGAAGAAGCACAAAAUCGUCACAAUCGAAUCGAAUUCAUCGAUUUAAACAAAAUGAAUCCAAUGAACACGCCUGGUGGUUCAAGUACAUACAUCGAAGUUGGUGGCGGUCCAUCGAGUUUGCCCGAUAAAUACCACACUGUUCUUCCAGUGCCGCGAAGUUGGCAAAAGCGUAAAACACACUCAUGGAAAUCGUUGUUUACUCGGGGCCAACGUAAUCCCAAUACCAAUGAGCUAAAAAUUAAUCCUUCAACUCCAACCAUUGCCAAAGAAGCUCACAGAAACAGUGUGCCAAGCCCAGUGAAGAGUGAGGCUGACCAACUCAAACAAAUUACACGAAGUAGUCAGAAGAAAGUCACUAAAAGCAUUGAUUUUAGUGAAGGCAAACCGAUGGAAAUAUGCGCUAGAUCCACUUCAGCCGAUAGCUUGCGAACAAGUGGACAUAGUCGAUCUGUGUCACAUGAUUCGUACUUUGAUUUACUUCAGUCGCCAUUGAGAGCUGUUGCCAUUUCGCCGUCACGCGAAUUUUCGGAAUUGGGCUUGAACUUCGAUCGCGAAGAACCUGAAAUGCGAAUAUUUUCGGAGAGCGAAAGUUUGGUCAGCAGCCCAAGAGUGCCGAGAGAAAUGCAAUCGCGUCGUGUGACACGCUGUCGAACCGACGAUUCGAGCGCUGUGAACAGCGUAAAUCCUAGCCCAAAGAAGCAACCGCGUCUCAAUUUGCCCAGUACAAAAGAGAAUCAGUGGAGUGCAAACAAUCGAAACCAAACGGAUGACGGAAGCUUGAGGAAACGGUCUAAAGUUGAAGAACGACGUGAAUACAACAUUGAAGAUCGUCAAUCACUUUCCGACAUUCAAUUCAUUGAUAGCAUAACGCCCGAGCAUACGAUCACUACGAAUACAAUUUAUGCAUGUGUACAAGUUCAUAAUCCACCAUCAUCCAAUCGAACAUCAAUACUCGAAGAAACACCAACUGGUGAACGGCCGCAGCUCAGAGCCAGCGCCUUAGACAAUAAAAUCAACGAUAAAGUUGAGAAUAAAGAGAGUCGAUUCAGUUAUCCUGGGAUGGGAGAGAAGUUCUCGGAUGACAAACGUUUUUUGAACCGAUUUUCGAUGAGCGACAAUAACGAAAAGUGUCGACGCAGUUUCAGUGAAUUGAAAAAUACAAGCUGUUGCAGCGCUGGGCUUGUGCUAUCCAGCAGCUCGCCGGAUCAUUUGAAGAACACUGAGAAUGAUCAUUCAAAAGCAAGCAUAGCGACACCGUCGAGCCCAAGUAAAAGCCCGAAAUAUUCACUGUUGGGCGAAACAAGCUCGGAGAAUAGCAGCACAUUGAACACGCCCGCUUUUGAUAUGGAUAUGUCAUCAGCAACACAGCAAUUUGAUCAACGCAUGAGUGAACUUAAGGGAUUGAGUGGCAAUGCCGAGUCAAAAAAUUUGAGCCUACCCAUGGCUACUGAAGAUGGCGAACAAAAUUCUAACCAAAAUCAAAUGCCAACUAACGCUAAUCCAAUUGACAUUCGACGCGAUUUGUCGUUGGAUUUGGAGAAAUCGAAAAUGUCAAUCGACGAGGCAUCACCGCCGUCGAAUAAGCAAAAUGUAAAUAUGUCAUCAGCAUCAAAUACUCCAAACUUUACACAAACAUCGGGUAGCACCAGUCAAUCGAUGACACCAAGUGAAUUUGGCUAUCAAAAUUUGAAUCGGCUAUCGAAUGCGGUUUCGAUUGAUAGUUCGCCCAAGUCAGAUGUGUAUGAAACGCACGACCAAGCGUUCGCCAACUAUGAGCAAGUGACAACACCCGUGCAAUCGCUACCCCCGAUCAAAGCAAAGAGUCCAAUCAAAGCCACAAUUAACAUCACAUACAAAUCACCGGUGCGUAAUACACCGUCUACGAAUUUCGUGUAUCCAUCAAGCGAACAAAGGCCUAUUUCACCCGAUCCAAAUCAAUUCCCCGACUAUGAGCCGGUGGAUGUAAUUUCAAUGGUGACCAAGCCAUUGGAAACGAGUUUCGAUGACAACGGUGUUUACGAGCAGUUGAAAUUCUUCAAAGGUGCUGUUUCCGAAGUUAAUCACUUGCUUAACAACGGUAACGACGUUCAGCAGGGCGCAAAUAAUAAAUUCAACGAUAAUUUGAAUACUCCACAAGUUGUUCCUACAAUAGAAAGUGCCACAGUGGCUGCGACGGCCACAGUCAAUGAGCAAAUUCCCAGUGAAACCACUGCCGAUGAUAGAAGUGAUUCGGGCGAUGUGUUGAUGCCAGAGCAAGAAUUGACUCAGGACAGUUUGGAAUAUGAUGCCAAUCUGUCGAUGUAUGAAAAUGUGAAUUUGAGAAAAUCACCAAAUGCCUAUGAAAAUGUACGAUUGCGUUUGGAUGGCAAAACCAAAUCGUUGAACAUUCAAGACAUCCAUCCGACACUGUCGCUGGGCAAAGAGAAUAGUAAGCCGGCAAAUUUCACCGUUAAACAAUUGGCAAACAAAUUCGAAACGAGCCCGAUUGAUGCACAGCCUCCGUUUGAUUUUUCCAAACCGUUUGCCCGCAAAAACUGUGAUACAAAUCGAAAUUCAGCGAAUCCACCAAAGGCGAAAAAUCCACAACAGCAACAACUAAACCGAACGAAUAAUUUCACUCGGAGCCUGGAUGAAAAUGCGUUUGUGCGUGAGUUUGGUAGCAGUCGAUCGAAUGAAAAGGUCAACCGAAGCACACAACAAAUUCCAAUCGUAACGAAUAUUCUGACGGAAAACAGCCCGAUCAGACGUUCGAUGAACAAUGAUGCAACAAAGCCGAAAAUUCUAAAUCCACCAAAACGAUUGCCAAGCCUCACGGAUGCGGAGAAUAAGGUGUGCAAAAAGGAGAAUGUUGAUGAAUCAAUGGCAAAUUGUGAUAUUAAAAUCACACCGACUAACGAGAAUCCGAUUUCAUUGAUACAGCACAAUGUGAAUUCAGAUCAAAGAUUGGCCGGCGAUGAUGAUCGCAAUGCGACAAAUAUUAGCAACAAAGUUCUUAGCAGUUUCAAACUUGACCGUGAACGCAUCGAACGCAUAAAAGAAGAGCGACGGCAUCAAUUGAACGAGAAAUUCCGUUCGGAAUCAUUUAAAUGUGAAAAAGAAAAUAACAAAGCCAAAUCAAAGUCAAAAAUCGAAUUGAAUGAGCUGAAAGAUGCUGAUAAGAAAAUCUCCGACUCACUGCAGUACAAAUCAAAGUCACGAAAUGAAAUUUAUAAUAAAAAAGAUGCGGACUCAUCGCUGGUGGUUAUGCAAUCGUUGAGCGGCGCCAACGAUGGGUCAUCGGGUCGUGUGCGAAGCAUUAGCGAUGAAAAAAAUCAAAACAAUUGCACUAAUACGACCAACGUAGAUGAACAAAGUGUUGCAUUUCGGUCGAGGAAAUUCGAUCGGCGAUCGAUUGAUCUGAAACGGGAACAGGAAUUUAAUACGGCACUCAAUGGCACGGUUCGAACGUCAGUACAUUUACAACGAGAGCCAGUGUCGCCGCAGAUAUCAAUACGUGAUGUAGCUGCUUUAUUUGAGUCCCGAUCGCAGAAUCAUUGAAAAUAAUCAAAACAACGGUGCGAAACAUCACAAUACAGAUGGCAACCCAUUCGUACCGAACAACAUCUUUAAGAAAUCAAUCAAAACAUCCCCCACAAUUCUCUUUCUUAUAUACAUAUGAAUGAAAAUAACAAAAUAUUUGAUGUAUUUUUUCAUAUUGCUUUUCUAUAACGCAUUGUUCGAUACAAAAAAAAAUAUUAGCAUGAUAUUCGAUAGAUACAUGUAUGCAAGUAAAUUAUUACACACCGAUUAUAAUGCAACAAAAAACAUAUUUAUUUAAAAACAAACAUUCUUCCAAUUGCGAUUGGAAUAAGCAAACGAAUAAUGAGCAAAACAGAAGAAAUUCGAGUGUAUAUUGAAUGAAAAAGUUUUUUUUUAUAAAUUAUAAGGAAAAUGGCAAGGAAAAUAUGCAAAAUUACUCUUGUGUUAUUCGAAUUAGAUGAUUGUAGUUUUUAAGUGGUUCUAAGUUGGUUUGGGACGUUUUACAAAGUCACAAUUGCGAAAACCGACCGAAAGAGAUGAUUCUCUGAAGAGAGAGAAAAAAAUUGAUGCAGACAAAAAGAAGUUAUUUUGAUUUUCACCUGUUUACGUUAUUCUUUGUUUAGCAAUUUGACCGUCAAGAAUUCAAAAUUCAUCUUUAAAAUUUCGGUUUAAUAGAUUUUACGUUUCAAUUACACACGUUUCGUAUGCGAUUUUACCUGUGUUCAAGUUAGUUUAAUAAUCCUCAUUGAAAGACAAUCGAAGAACAAAAUUCACACAUACAUUUCGUGAAUCCAACACUUUUUUUUCCACGAAAUAUCCAUCAAUCUUCGUUUGUUGAAUUUUUUCGUUAAAUAUCACAAUGCAUCGAUUGCAUCUAUUAAAUAAUUUUCUGUUUAAUACCAUGAAUUAAGCCGCUUUUUGUUAUGUUAUUCAUUAUACCCCAUAUAUGGCAAUCAAUUCACAAGAUUUUUUGUUUGAAAAAUUAUUUUUCAAUUUUAUUGUAAUCAUUUUUUUUUUAUAAAAGACUAAACAAAAUAAAUUUUAAGAUUUAUUGCA